GUCUGUUGUGAAUCUCAAAUAUGCUCGCGAACCUGCUAAAAAGCAGUGAGCUCAUCAAACCGGUUAUUAUUGAGCGUGCGCUGAGUAGUGUCGCAUCCGUAGUGAAGAGUGGAUGGCUUAGGGCCUGAGCUAGUGUCCAAAGCAGUCUAAACAGGGAUGGCCACACGUCGUGUAAUACCAAGUUCUUCAAGGUGGUUGCUGGUGUUGCUGAUCGCGAUCGUCGAAGGACAACGAAUCGCGGAACGCAAGUGCAACGAGUACCGCGAAGAAGUGGUGGCCCGCAAGGGCCUCGUCGCGCUCACGCUGACCUCCAAACCGAUCUACUACAACAUCUACAACUGCAGCAAGUCGGUGGAUCUGAUCGUCGGUGGUGAGGCGGCUCGCAAGGAUGAGUUCCCCCACCAGGCGCUGCUGGGAUGGCCCUCAACGGAACGUGGCCGAAAGUACAACUUUUUCUGCGGAGGAUCGCUGAUCAGUGAACGGUUCGUGCUUACCGCGGGUCACUGCGGGUUCUUGAUGGGCGUUGGUAAACCGUCGGUGGUUCGACUCGGAGAGAACGACCUGGACGACGGGGGCGAAGAUCACGCGGACUUUGACAUCGCCAAGUUCAUCAAGCACCCAAACUACAGGUACAAGUUCGGCUAUUACGAUAUCGCGCUGGUGAGGCUGGUCGAUACGGUUCUGUUCUCCAAGCAAAUCCGUCCAGCAUGUUUGUGGACUGGAAGAGUCAUGAACUUCACCUCGGGCGUUGCAACCGGAUUUGGACUGACUGGAGAUGCUGGUGACUCGUCGUCAACGCUGCAGAAGGUAACGCUCAACUUUGUGGACAACCGGGUGUGCGAUUGGAUCUUCGCCGGAACGAGGAAGUUGGCCACCGGGUUGAACGACGCCCAACUCUGUAUGGCGGCGCCACGGGGUGAGCGGAAGGAUACCUGCCAGGGUGACUCCGGUGGACCGGUUCAGGUCGUGACCGAUAACGCGGGGUGCACCUACCACGUGGUCGCGAUCACGUCCACCGGGGGUGCCUGUGGAGUGGAGAACUCGGCCGCGGUCUACACGCGCGUUUCCAGCUAUGUGGACUGGAUCGAGAAGGUCGUUUGGAGUUGAGUCUGAAUUUGUUUGUAAUUUUCAUUAGUGUAAAUAAAUAAGUAGGACCACUUUU